AUGCUGUGGACGGAUGGCUGGUUCGGCGGACCCGACCUGAUACAUGGGUUCAUGUUGGCGUUGUGUCUUAUAGUUUCGGUCAUGCCCGUGUUCUGCGGCGGCAAAGUAAGCUGGUUUUUUUGGUGUUCUGGGGAAGGGGGGGGUUGGGGGUAAAAAAAAAGGGGGGGGAAGUGUUAUUGGGGAUUUUUGGUUCUUUUAGGAGGUGUUGUUGUGGAAUGAACAAAGGCGUGUUGUUGGAGAUUUGGAUGUUUUUAGGAAGUGUUAUGGGGACUUUUUUUUUGUUGUCUUUAGGGCUUAUUUAUUUUUUGUUUUAAGGGGGGUGUUAUCAAGGUUUUUUUGGUGUUUUUGAGGGGUGUUUUCGGCCUUUUUUUUAGGAAUUGUUAUUAGGGUUUUCGGUGUUUUUUGGACAGUGUUUUCGAGAUUUUUAUUGUUUAUAUGGAGGUGUUAUUGAUUUUUUUGUGUUUUUAGGUGGUGUCAUUAGAGAUGUUGGUAAUUUUAGGGACUUUUAUUAGUAGUUUUGUGGUUCUAAGGGAAUACUAUUGAAGAUUUUAGUGUUUAAGGGGUGUUAUUGGGAUUUUUUGUGAUUUUAAGAGGUAUUAUUGGAGUUUUUUUAGCGUAUUUGGGGAUUUUUACAGAGUAAUUUUAGGUGAUUUAAAGGCUUUUUUCUCAUUUCAUGAAGUACCAUGGUGUAUAUCUUUCUAGAAAUGCUAACAAUUGUCAUAUUUUUCUUAAUUUUUACAGAAUUGAAGAAAAAACUUGACAUGCCAAUUCCCUCCUCCCCCAUUCUUACACCCCCCCCUCUUCCCCCUCGCCCUCAAAUUGACUGCUUACUCUGAACAAGCCUACUUUUGAUAGAAAAAACCUAAAAUAUACUGCCAAACCACAAAAUACGUUAAAAUAUAAUUUGUCAACUUUCAGAAAAAAAAAGGAAACUCUCAGGAUGUGACAAAUAUAACGAAAGAAGCGAAGGACAUGAAGCCGAAGAAGUGGAAUCAAACCAGCAAGGAGAAGUUGAUCGCCAAGGGCGAGCUGCAAAAGGGACGCAACGAAUAUCCUACUGUAAUUUUAUAGAUUUUUGUUGAUUUUUAGGUAACAAUGGGCUUGUAAUUUGAAGUUGUGAUUGGGCCGGUCAAAAAUUAUAUGGAAUUUUGGUUUGGGAAGGAAGUAUUAGUUUGUUCAAAAAAUUUUGAGCUACGUGUCUUAUAGAGUUGCUUUGACAGAUGGAUCAGAAUUUUUUGAACAACCUGUCAAAAACUUAAAAAAUUGCCAUUUUGAUUGAAUAAACCAUCCAAAACCGUCUUUUUCAGAUGGACGACGUGGCCAGCGACUGGUCUUCGGAGGAGGAAGGUGAAGAUGGCAAAAAGAAGAAGAAGCCGAAAGGGGCCAAGCCCAAGGGCGGCAAGAAGAAGGGCAAGAAGGACGACGAGAUGGGCGAGAAGUCCGGGCAAUUCGGCGGUCUCGGAAUAUAA